UACUGCAUAACAUUGAUUUUUUCAAUACCGUGCAUUCAUAAAAUAUAUUAUUAUUAAUAUUAAAAAGUCCUAAUUUGGAUGAAAGUAGGAGUGCAAAUAAGUUUGAAAAUAUUUUUUCUAAGCAGGUUUCAAAGCGCAACGGCAAUCCCAUUUACAAAAAAAAAAAGAAAAAAUAAUAGUAAAAUGUAUUGAGACUGUGCAUGAAUUGAUGUCGUUGGUUCCCGGCGCGGCCAUUUUUAUAAAAUAAAAAAAAAAAAAAAUAAAAAAAGAAAAAAAAAACUAGUGUGUUUAUCACAACUACAAAUUGUUUGAAAAUUUUCUGAAUGUAAAAGUAAUACAAUUUUAGUUCGGUCGAGCUAGAAUAUGUCGCGUAGCGUAAGAGCCGAGACCAGGAGUAGAGCCAAAGAUGAUAUUAAACGUGUUAUGCAGGCGGUCGAUAAACCCAGACAUUGGGAGAAGAAAUGGGUAACCAUAAGCGAUACUACUAUGAAAAUCUACAAAUGGGUGCCUAUAUCUAAUACUGACAAAAAAAAAUUGAGCUCACUGAAUAAACAAUGUAAUAAAGAGAAUUCACAGAAGGGCACGCCAACACCACCUCAAAUAACAUCCAGCUAUGGAUUGACUGCUGAAGACUCUAAUACCUGUUUCUCCGUGGUGAGUGAUUCUCAAGGUGGAGAUUUUGUUAGUGGCAUACCAUUUUCUGAGGAUUCUAAUUCUCAAGGCAGUGAUGGACCAGUGAAACGUCUUAAAACUGGCGAUUAAAAGUCAGAAAUUUUCUUUAAAUAACCAUUUUAAGCUCAUGUGCACAACUCUGCAUACUCUAUUCCUACUUCGGCCUUAAUAUAAGUUGAAAAAUCAAUCGAAAGACGAAUUAUCUCUUUCUAAUCAUAAAUUUUUUUUUUUUAUAUACAAUUUUCUUUAUAUUAUUUAUAUAAUUAUUACGUUACGUUCACCCAUUACUGCAUAUUUUGUAAACACAACAUUGUCUGAAAUAUAUUUACAGACUGCCAGCAUGGUGUAAUAGUUUUUUUGGCAGGAAGAAUACC